ACAGACUCCUCGGCGGUGCCGGGCCAGGCUGGACGCAGCAAGAUGCGCACCGUGUGGGAGGCGCUGGUGGCGCUUGCAGCCUUGGUGUGCCUGGUGGGCGCGGUGCGCAACGUGCCCGGGCUCAGCAUGUUCGCUGGCCAGACGGCGCUGCCGGACCCCUGCACGGAUGAGAACGGCCACCCGCGCCGCUGCAUCCCGGACUUUGUAAACGCGGCCUUCGGCAAGGAAGUGCGCGUGUCCAGCACCUGCGGCCGGCCCCCGGCACGCUACUGCGUGGUGAGCGAGCGCGGCGAGGAGCGGUUGCGCUCGUGCCACCUCUGCAACGCAUCCGACCCCAAAAAGGCGCACCCGCCCGCCUUCCUCACCGAUCUGAACAACCCGCACAACCUGACGUGCUGGCAGUCCGAAAACUACCAGCAGUUCCCGCACAACGUCACGCUCACGCUGUCGCUCGGCAAGAAGUUCGAGGUGACCUACGUGAGCUUGCAGUUCUGCUCGCCGCGGCCGGAGUCUAUGGCUAUCUACAAGUCCAUGGACUACGGGCGCACGUGGGUGCCCUUCCAGUUCUACUCCACGCAGUGCCGCAAGAUGUACAACCGGCCGCAUCGCGCGCCCAUCACCAAGCAGAACGAACAGGAGGCGGUGUGCACCGACUCGCACACCGACAUGCGCCCGCUCGCCGGCGGCCUCAUCGCCUUCAGCACGCUGGACGGGCGGCCCUCGGCGCACGAUUUCGACAACUCCCCCGUGCUGCAGGACUGGGUCACGGCCACCGACAUCCGCGUGACCUUCAGCCGCCUGCACACGUUCGGCGACGAGAACGAGGACGACUCGGAGCUGGCACGCGACUCGUACUUCUACGCUGUGUCCGACCUGCAGGUGGGCGGCCGCUGCAAAUGCAACGGUCACGCUGCGCGCUGUGUGCGCGACCGCGACGACAACCUGGUGUGCGAGUGCAGGCACAAUACGGCCGGCCCCGAGUGCGACCGCUGCAAGCCCUUCCACUACGACCGGCCCUGGCAGCGCGCCACGGCCCGCGAGGCCAACGAGUGCGUGGCCUGCAACUGUAACCUGCACGCCCGCCGCUGCCGCUUCAACAUGGAGCUCUACAAGCUUUCGGGGCGCAAGAGCGGGGGUGUCUGCCUCAACUGCCGCCACAACACUGCCGGCCGCCACUGCCAUUACUGCAAGGAGGGCUAUUACCGCGACAUGAGCAAGGCCAUCACCCACCGCAAGGCCUGCAGAGCCUGUGAUUGCCACCCUGUGGGCGCCGCUGGCAAAACCUGCAACCAGACCACGGGUCAGUGCCCAUGCAAGGAUGGUGUGACAGGCAUCACCUGCAACCGCUGCGCCAAGGGCUACCAGCAGAGCCGCUCCCCCAUCGCCCCCUGCAUCAAGAUCCCCGUGGCCCCGCCGACCACCACGGCCAGCACUGUGGAGGUGCCUGAAGACUGUGACUCCUACUGCAAGGCCUCCAAAGGGAAGCUGAAGAUUAACAUGAAAAAGUACUGCAAGAAGGACUAUGCCGUGCAGAUCCAUGUCCUGAAAGCAGACAAGGGCACGGACUGGUGGAAAUUCACCGUGAACGUCAUCUCGGUGUACAAGCAAGGCGCGGGCCGCAUCCGCCGCGGCGAACAGAGCCUGUGGAUCCGCUCGCGAGACGUGACCUGUAGGUGCCCCAGGAUCAAGACCCUCAAGAAGUACCUGCUGCUGGGCAACACCGAGGACUCGCCCCCCGACCAGGGCGGCCUCGUGGCGGACAAGAGCAGCCUGGUGAUCCAGUGGCGGGACACGUGGGCGCGGCGGCUGCGGAAGUUCCAGCAGCGUGAGAAGAAGGGCAGGUGUAAGAAGGCCUAGCCUGGAGGUGGCG